AUUGCAGGCAGACAUGGAGGAGCUGAGCGCCGUCGGGGAGCAGGUCUUUGAUGCGGAGUGCAUUUUAAACAAGCGCCUGAGAAAGGGAAAGUUGGAGUUCCUCGUCAAGUGGAGGGGAUGGUCAUCCAAACAUAACAGCUGGGAACCCCAAGAAAACAUCCUUGACCCGAGACUGUUGGCUGCCUUCAAAAAGAGAGAGCAAGAAAAGGAGCUCCUGUUACGGAAGAAAGGGAAAAGACCCAGAGGACGACCACGGAAAAUCCUUGAAAAUGUGCCUGAUGCUCCAAAAUCCAGCAGCUCUUCAUCUGGCUCAUCGUCAUCAUCCUCCGAUUCCUCAUCUUCCUGCUCGUCCUCUUCGUCCUCAUCAGACGACGACGAUGAAGACGGUAGCGUCAAGCCGGCGACCCAGAGUCUCCGAACACGAGACCAUCCCGUCCCGCAGAAGAAGGCCCAGAUCGUCGUGGCGAAACCGGAGCCCCCGAAGAAGCGGAGCAGGAAACCACUGACUCCCGACCCCAAGGAGUUCCAGCAGAACAAAGGCCUUCGCAAAAUCCUGAAGACGUCGAAAGAUACAGAUCUCCCAGGAGCAAUCAAAAAGCCUGUUCACCCAGCAAGCUUCACCUUCAUGGGUUUCCAUCGGAACUCCGGUCGGGAGACACCGGGUGGUCCGAGCAGGGGCUCUCCGACCCCGGGAGGGGCUGUUAAAAACUCAGUGAGCUCCGCGGGAUCUGGAAAAUCCGUCCAACCUGCCUCCCUCCCUCUGAACAAAUCCAGCCAGAGCAGGAGCCUCACUGAGGGCAAACUGUCAAUCUCCAGCAUGAGCGGCGGGGCAGGUCUGGAUUUGAACACAGCUGCUGGUAAAUCAAAAGGGGUGGCAGCGUUGAAUUUGAAUACAUCCAAACACCCCAUUCAAGGCACCACUCAGCACACACUGAGCUCCCCCAAUGGACAAAAGAAAGCCCAGGCCCCCGUGUCAGCGCUGCAGCGGUUACCCAACACCAGAGCAGUCGCUUCUGUACCAACUAAGAGCGCCUCCUCCAAUCCAGGUUCUGGCCCCCAGCCGCUUAACCUUCAGAGCAAACCAGUGCAAUGCAACAGUGCUCCUGGGAAUGGUGCCACGCCAGUGUCGGGCCUGAGAAAUGCAACAAACCCGGCGAGGAAAACUACUGUCGCACAAAACAAGGACUACAAUGCUCCCAAGAGUCCAGCAACCCUGGGAAGGCCGCUGACCAGAAAGAACCAGCCGGGUGCAGACAAGGUCAAGGAGCCGUCUGAAAUCCAGGCCUCUAGAGUCCAAGGCAGGCUGGAGAAGAGCACCGUGCACAAAUCCCCCGCAGAGGCCCAGAGCCAACCGGAGAGAGCGGCCUUCAAAGACGGCAAGAAAGCCAAAACGAACGACAUGAGCACAGGUGAAGAGGAGACCAGCUCGGACUCUGACCAAGAUUCUUCCUUCAUCGGACAGGAUCUCUCCUUGAACCAGGACUGGAAGCCCACACGUAGUCUGAUAGAGCAUGUGUUUGUCACGGAUGUCACCGCUAAUCUAGUUACUGUCACAGUCAAGGAGUCACCGACCAGCGUGGGCUUCUUCAGCAUGCGCAACUACUGAUGGGAUUCCAGACGCUGCAAAGCAGAUGGGCUGUGAAACCCACAGAGGGGAUUUGAGCUCUGAACUAAAUAAAACCCUUGAGGAAUAACACUCCUGAGGAAUGCAUCAGGAAGUGGAGGUCAAAUAACAUUUCAAUUUUUUUUCAAUAAUAGAUUCAUUUUUGGAUUAAAAAACGAAUCCGAACAGGUCAUCCGUUAUUGAUUGUAAUUAUUUAUUUGCUCGUGGCUACAAAUUGUGCAAGAAAGAUGUUUGGUCUCCUACGAUAAUCUCAAGUAAACAAAUCUUCUGAACGACUCCAAAAAUUGUGUUGACACGAGGGCCGUAGAACAUUUUAUUAAGCUUAAGAAUCAUGCGUAAAUGCAUUGGCCCAUAUAGGUUCCUGAAUCUGUGCAUGAAUUCACAUUUAUUCAUAUUGAUUUCUUCUGUGUCGAGGAGAUUAUCUGCUUCUUUUAUAGCAUAAAACUUUAGCAUAUAAGAGGAAUGUCUCUCUGAAUAAAUUGAAGAUGACCUUAUAAACCGUAGGCAUGAGCAGGAGGGCUAGCUUAUUUUAUGGCAGACAUUUAGUUCAUAUUAUGUAAUAAUAUGUUGUGGAUUCAUAUCAAUCAAUAGUAAAUGUAAACCAGUUUUUUCUUAGUAUAGAAUUGUUAUUUUACUGUUUGGUUAAUUAGCUACCUCUGUUUGUUUUUGUUUUAUCUGCUGCAAAUGUAUAUUAUUUUCAACUGGGAGAGGAAAACCUUUCCCUCCAGGGUAAACCAUAUAAUUGUUUUUAUAUAGCUCUAAUGUAUUGACUUCUCAUGCUCCAUAAACCUGUGUUAGUACCAGAAGCCAGCCUAAGCAGCUUUGUUUCUGUGAAGUUGAACACUCUUCAUCUGCACGGGACCGGUGCUGUGCCCAGCGCUGAACUGCACGCGGCUUUUAUCGCCUCGAAGAGAAGGUUCAUUCCACAGCGCAGCCAGUUUAUCUUUGCGGUUGACCAAAUGGGCUGAAGCAUGUCAGGAGUCAGAUACAGUAUCUCUGCUCCUCCCUGGCGCUCUGAUAACACUCCAGUCGUGGCUGUGGUUUGCGCUUCUGUCUUUGCAUCAGCUCUGUCCCUCAGUGAGGUAUUCGCCAGAAAAUGUAAUCUCCCCCGACUUGUAAUUAAUACAGACAAAACCCGGAGAAUAAGUGCCUGUGUUGACAUGGCUGGAUGAUCACAGACAGCAUAUCUGUCAAAGCUUCUCCCUCAGUCUUUCAAAGCCUCCUGCGAGCCUUUCAGAUCGCCAAAGGCAACACAUUUCAAAGUGUGAAGUGUGUGUGUGGGGGGGGGGAUUUGGGUGUGGACAGUAAACCUCUCAGCAUGGUUUGUCCCGGACCACAAAACACCAGAUUCCAUUGUGCCUGUUGCUGCUGGUGUUUCCCAAUGCCAAGUGCUGAAAAUACCAGAUUUGGUUCUGCUCUUUUAUUUUUGUUACUCGCAGCUGCAGACGUCUCAUUUCGCCCGCCUGCCUGCCCUGCCUCAGGAACUGCAGGCCCAGCCACUGAGAGAGAGAGGGGGAAAAAAAGAGGUCUUUAUCUGAUGUAACGGAAAAGAAACCUCAACAAUGUGCGCUACUUUCUGCUCCCUUGAGAGGAAUUCAGCAACCAAGCACUUCGACUGAACUCUUCGUCUAAUCCUGCGCCGCAGACUGUGCCUUUCUUUCUCUCAAAGACUAAACACAAAGACAUUACCCCAAAGAUAGCUAGAAUUUCAGGUUGUUCAAUAAAGGAGUACCCUGAGGGCGCGGCAUGGAGACUGUACCGUUGAUUUUCUCUUGUCCGUGUUGUUGUGAAACAGCUAAAAAAUGGAAGGCCUCCUGAAAGACUUUUAUCACAAAUGUAUGGAGCAGACAAAUGUUUGAUGCCUUGUUGGAACCGUGAAAGAGGUAAAGGUGGAAGUUAUAGAAGUGCCCUCCAUUCUGGUUCAGCAGAAAAACACUGAGGGCGUUCUCAUAUUACAUGUGUUACAUAUGGAAAGACUGUAAGGGCGCAGCGUUUGGUUUCAUCAGUGUGGCUCUGUUAUGUCCACACCAGUCCUUUGUCGAAUGAAGGCAUCAGGCCAGAGGUGAAGAUGAGUCCCGGCUAAAUCAAAACAUCAUUCAUCUCAACCAUGUAAUAGACUAUGGGGUAACACAAAAGGUGUUUAUAUGACUUUCUUAUAUGAAUCUGCUUUUUUCUAAAUAAUGAAAAGAAACAGAUUUUUUCAUGUCUCUUCAUUUAUUUCUUUUUUUCUAGAUACUAACCACAUCAAUGGGAUGUUGUUCUCUUUACACUAUUUAUUUUGAAUUAAGAGUCUUUCAGGGUAGGACGCUGUCAUCAAUCCUUGUAUUGUGACGCAUAAACUGACUAAUAAAUGGUGCAAACCUUUUUCUUA